UACUUCCUCGAUACGCUGGGUGACCAGGCUGAGCCUAGCUACCAAAGCUAGAGCAGCUGUAUAACGUUAGCUGACUGAGUUUAGGAGCUGAAAGGUCGCGAUUAUUGUUGCCAGCUCUCCAGUUUAGCUAAUGUUACCUAACGAAGAUCAGAAGAUGGAGCCCCCAGGGGAAGUACUGAAUAACCAGACGGAACAGGCGGCGAUUUGCUUCAAAGCUUUUAUGCUUAAGAACAGCACGAAGUCAAACCUCAAUCUGUAUGACCACUUGGUGCGCUUGCUGACCAAGGUGAUGGACGAGCGGCCGGAGAAUGCCGUGGACGUGAUCGAGGACAUGAGCCGGGAGGUGAAGCGGGCGGGGCUGCGGGACACUCAGGGCACCCUGCGGGACACGCCUACCAUCUCCGCCGCCCAGCUGCUGGCUGAGCAGCAGAGGGCGCUGUUCUCCCGGGGGGGCGGAGAUGAGGCUGAGACGGAGGAAGAACUGGUAGAGACUCCCCUUCCCAAUGUGGCUGAGCUGAGCUUUUACCUGGAGCAGGCUGGGGUGGGCCUGGGCCGGGAGGAGACGCAGCGGAUCUCCCUGGCGCUCAAGCAGCUGGUGGACACACAGCCACUGCAGCGCUGUCGCUUCUGGGGCAAAAUUCUGGGCACAGAGGGAAACUACCUGGUGGCAGAGGUGGAGUACAGAGAGGGGGAGGAGGAGGAGGAGGGCAGUGCACAGGAGGAGGGGGCAGAGGAGGACGCAAAAGAGGGCGGGGACAACGAUGAGGGGGAGGAGGAGGAGGAGGCACAGGAGAUCGACCCUCUCCCUAUAUCCACCUAUAAGCCGCCCCCUGUGGUGCCAAAGGAGGAGAACCGCACCGGGGUGAACAAGUUCACGUACUUUGUGUGCCGAGAGCCGGGGCUGCCCUGGGUGAGGCUGCCCGCGGUCACGCCAGCCCAGAUCACCGCCGCCCGCCAGAUCCGCCACUUCUUCACCGGUAACCUGGACGCCGCUAUCGUCGCAUACCCCCCGUUCCCCGGCAACGAGGCCAACUACCUGCGGGCCCAGAUCGCCCGCAUCUCGGCCGGCACGCAGGUCAGCCCGCUGGGGUUCUACCAGUUUGGGGAGGAGGAGGGCGAGGAGGAGGAGGAGACGGCUCGAGACAGCUUCGAGGAGAACCCAGAUUUCGAGGGCAUCCCGGUCCCUGAGAUGGUGGACUCGCUGUCCAACUGGGUGCACCACAUCCAGCACAUCCUGCAGCAGGGCCGCUGCGUUUGGGUCAACCUGGCUGAGAAGCCCGAGGAAGACUUUGAGGAAGAGGCAGAGGAGGAGGAGAAAGAGGAGGAGCCGGAUGAGCCGGAGCCAGAGGUGGGGCCACCCCUGCUCACCCCGCUGUCUGAGGAUGCAGAAAUCAAUAACACCCCUCCCUGGAACUCCAGGAUGUCGUCCACCCUCAUCCCCCAGUACGCAGUGGCUGUGCUGCGCUCCAACCUCUGGCCAGGGGCUUACGCCUACGCCACAGGGAAGAAGUUUGAGAACAUAUAUAUCGGCUGGGGCUUGAAAUUCGUGGGAGAGGGGUACACCCCACCCGUGCCCCCGGCGCCCCAGCACGAGUACCCCAGCGGGGAGGAGAUCACAGAGGCCCUUGACCCCUCCCUGGAGGAGGAGCAAGCAAUGAGGGCAGCCCUUGAGGAGCAAAGGGCAGCCCAGGAGGAGGCUGAGGAAAUGGAGGGAGAUGAGGAGGAGGAGGAGGAAGAUGACUGA